UAUAUGUGAGUGUACACAUGAGAAGUACAGUAUAAAGCUUCGCAUUAUAAAUACCACAAAGAGGAACUUCAGCAGUUCUUAAUGCACAAUACAGCAGUCUCCUUCUGAGAGUCAGGACUAGAGAGAGAAUUUUCUGAAGAGAAGGAAAAACAAACAAACAAACAAACAAACCAAACCAGCCCCAAAAAAACUGUGCGUGGAGGGGGAGGAAAAGCAGGGCCUUUUAAAAAGGGAAUCACAACAACUUUUGCUGCCAGGAUGCCUUUGCUUUGGAAGAGAGGAUUUUUGUUGGUGCUUUGCUGGAUUAUAGUGAGGAGUUCCCCAACCCCAGGAUCCGAGGGGCACAGUUCAGUCACUGACUGUCCGUCAUGUGCCCUCGCCACGCUCUCAAAGGAUGUGCCCAGCUCACAGCCUGAGAUGGUGGAAGCAGUAAAGAAGCACAUACUGAACAUGUUGCACUUGAGGGACAGACCUAAUAUCACCCAGCCGGUGCCCAAGGCAGCACUUUUAAAUGCCAUCAAGAAACUCCACGUGGGAAAGGUGGGAGAGGAUGGUUAUGUGGAAAUAGAGGAUGAUGUUGGAAGAAGAGCCGAAAUGAAUGAAGUUGUGGAGCAAACCUCAGAAAUCAUCACUUUUGCAGAAUCAGGCACAGCCAAGAAAAUGUUGCACUUUGAGAUUUCCAAGGAAGGCAGUGAAUUAUCAGUGGUGGAACAUGCUGAAGUGUGGCUCUUCCUGAAGGUUGCCAAGGCCAACCGGAGCAGGACAAAAGUCACUAUCCGCCUGUUUCAACAGCUGCGGCAGCCAAAAGGCAACUCUGAAGGAGCAGAAGAUAUGGAGGAUGGAGGGCUGAAAGGUGAAAGGAGUGAGACUUUGAUUUCAGAAAAGGCAGUGGACACCCGCAAGAGCACUUGGCACAUCUUCCCAGUCUCCAGCAGCGUCCAGAGACUCCUGGACCAAGGCAAGAACUCUUUGGAUGUGCGGAUUGCCUGUGACCUGUGCCAAGAGACUGGAGCCAGCCUGGUGCUACUGGGCAAGAAGAAGAAAAAGGAAGAUGACGGGGAAGGGAAAGAAAAGGAAGCUGGAGAAUCUACAGGAGAAGAGGAGAAGGAGCAAUCACAUCGUCCCUUCCUGAUGAUGCUUGCCCGGCACUCAGAGGACCGCCAGCACAGGCGACGGAGACGAGGCCUGGAGUGUGAUGGCAAAGUCAACAUCUGCUGCAAGAAGCAGUUUUUUGUCAGCUUCAAGGACAUAGGGUGGAGUGACUGGAUCAUUGCACCUACAGGUUAUCACGCCAACUACUGCGAAGGAGAGUGCCCCAGCCAUAUAGCAGGCACAUCUGGUUCAUCAUUAUCUUUCCACUCCACUGUCAUCAACCAUUACCGCAUGCGGGGCCAUAGCCCCUUUGCCAACCUCAAAUCAUGUUGUGUGCCCACCAAGCUGCGGCCCAUGUCCAUGCUCUACUAUGACGAUGGCCAGAACAUCAUUAAGAAAGACAUACAGAAUAUGAUUGUGGAGGAGUGUGGCUGCUCAUAGACACACGUGUGCGCAAGACCCUUCUCGUUAAGUUGAGAAGAAAAUGUAUCAAAAGCCCAAGAAGAGGAAAGACUGGACAUGAUAUAACCUUUUUUGAAUGAAAAAAAAAUCAUCAGAAAUUAGAGCAAAAACAGAGAGAGAAAAGAGGGAAAGAAAAAAAAAAGACUCAUGGAGGAUCAGAAAAGACUUCAGCUAUAAAAAGGAAGAAAGCUUCAUGAACCCGGGCUCGAAUGAGAUACGUCUGAAUGGCAGUAUGGGUUGGGAAUUUCCUCUUCCUUUAAGUAUGCUCCUUAUCUUAUUACAUAGUGUAUUAAACGUUAGUUAUUACUAGGGGAGUUAUGUUCCCUCCCUUAGUUACCCAUCAGUUCACGCCGUGGUAGCAGCUCAUCUAACCUGCAGCAAUUUGGACUAAGUCCAAAAUGUCACUGAAAUUCCUUGAAAAGCCAUGUGUAUGAAUACUGCAUUCACUGGCACUUUCAGCCCAAACUUACCGAGGAACCGAGUAGGUGUGUAGUGUUUGUCUGUAUAUACGUAUGGCUAUGUAUUUAUAUACAUAUCUCUAUACAUACAGACACUAUACACGUACAUGUACUUAACAUUGGUAAAGGGACAAUAUUGUGCAGGUGUAUACACCUUCAUCUUCUGCACUACAUUUACAAAAAAAAAAAAAAAAGAAAAAAGGAAAAAAGAAAAAUGAAGAAAAAACAGAAUAUAAAAGGAAUGAAUGAAAGAAUAAAAGUUACAUUUUGUAAAGGUGCUCACAAAGUUAGAACUAUGCAACCUAGUUGGUUUGAAACUGUUUACCUGCGAGAGGAAAAAAAAAAAAAAAAACAAAAAAAGAAAAAAAAAGCAGAAAGACUUUUUUUUAAAUGGAAGUAACUUGUUUUGAAAAAAAAAUCUUCAGUGAGAGAUACUUGAAAGGAACAUGUUUGUCCAGUUACUGGAGCCAAACAUUUCUAUAUUUUGUAAAAAAAAAGUUUUUAAUCGUUUACUAUUUGCACUACAAUGGUGUCUGACCUGUCUAAUCCUUAUUUAACAAAUAUUUGCAAGGGAGGGUGGUUGGGUGUGGGAGGGGUUGAGAGCUGCACUUAUUGUGAGCUAUACAAGAACUGCUACAGCACACAAAAUAGCUAUUUUUAUUAUUAUAAUAAUUAUUAUUAUUUUGUACCUUAAAAUGAAUAGACACAUACACCAAAGACAUUUGUGCGAGCCUCUAAAAAGUCUGUUUGUGGUUGGUACCAUUCACCUGUACUAAGUUAGGGUUUGAGUUAAGGGUAAGUAGGUUGAUUAUAUUCGGGCUAGAAUGUCUGUUAACCAUUUAAAUUCAAAUAGCGCCCUCAACAGAAAAUUGCCAUUUGAAGUAAACCCAGAAAAGCCCCAGGAAUUGGAUCCAAGGUGCUUGGAUCCGAGGUCCAUUUAAGCAUAAUUGUACCCUUUUGCAUGUUCAACGCUAAGGCUUGUCCCUGAUGCACAGCAACUGUGCAUUGGCUGGGAAACAACUUUAUACAAGGGUUAUACAUAUAUGUAUAUAUUUCUGUAUGUAUAUAUGUAUGUAUACGCAAGGUAUAAGCACUUCUGGCUUCACUUUAAUGUUCUUAAAACAAUGAAUGUUUGUGUGCAAAGCACAGUUAUGUUAAAAGAUUGUCUGUACUACCAAGUGGGAGGCUACAUGUUCAAAACGGUAUUUGUGUGACAGAAACCUAAAGUGCUGGUGUACACUUCGAAAGUCUUGAUAUAAAUUUGCAAGCAGCCUUGGGCCCUGCCCGCCUGUCACCCCUGCAAAUACAAAGAAAAUGGCAGUUGUGGUAGGAUUUCUGUUUGAAAUGCCGUCUUCAGCAAAAGACUGGCUGUCUCAACCACCACCCUCUAGCACGACAACUCUUCACGGGUUUGCGUGUUACCUGUAAGACCUGAUUUUCAGUGUCAACACCUAACCCGAAGGGUCCAACCCGUAGGGCACAGGUAGAUAGUUUUUAAAACAAAUUCUAUCGCUGUCAUAUUUAAAAGAAUGUUAAAGUUCCAACAUUUGUCUUUGGGUAGGGGGAGAUGAUAAGAGGGAACGGGAGAAACCUUUAGGCCCUGUUUACACUGAGUUUGAUAACCCUGAGCCUGAAGCUUCAGACUCUCACAAGUUUGCAGGACCAAGCCCCUGUUAGCUGCCUUCUGAUGGGACAGGCUUCAAAACGCCUCUCACAGAAAGAAGCACUAACACGGCUCCCCACCUUGCUGAGAGCACAGUUGGUAAUAAGAAAAUAAAAAAUUAAAAAAAAAAAAAAAAAAAAAGAAAAGAAAAAAAAAAAGAAAAGAAAAAGAUAGCACAAUUUAACCCGGUCACAUUGGCUAGGGAUAGCGUGUUAGCACCUUCAUGGCGAGAACCAUGUUUAAACAGUGUAAUCAGGGCCUUCAUUUUUUUGUCAGCCAAAACUGUUUAUGGAUGCAUGUGUGUGUGGGUGUUCUCUGUGUCUGCAUAUGUAUGUAUGUGUGCAUGGGCUCAUGUCUGUAUUUGUACGUAUCAAUAGAGAUUAAAAAAAAAAAAAGUAAAAAAAAGAAAAAAAGAAAGAAAAUAAUAAAAAAGCCCUUUCCUCUGUUGAAUAGAUAUCAACAUACAUGCUUAUAGCUAAGUUUUCUAUCUAAUUUAUUCCACAGUAUUUAGAUUGCAUAGUACAGCUAAUGAGCUAUACAUUUAUGUACUUUUUUAUACAAUACAUUUUUUUUACAGACUUGUUUGCAAUUUGCAAAAAAAAAAAAUUUAAAAAAUUAUAACAUUUGGGUAAACACUAAAUUUGUCACUAAAGUAUUCUGUAAAAUAUCAAGGCUUUCUGAUUUAAAUUAUUUGCAGAAGUUUGUUGGGUUUUUGUGUUUUCUUCCUAGGGAAAGGGAGGGAUACCAAAAGCUAGCAGAAAAAUACAAAUAAAUAAAUAAAUAAAGAUGCACAACUAACUUAUAACUUAAAUAAACCAAGUUUCUGGCCCUGUUUCAACUGAAGCAAGUGGUAGAAUUACUGUUGAUUUUUCUAGAGGCAGAGCCAGCCUCUGGAACAGAAGGACAGAAGGAGCAGAGACAUAGUCUGUGAGAGUUGUUGAGAGUACCUUUUAGUUCACUGGGCUUUAGACUUGGCCUUAAAAUUGGAUGCAUGUUGUCCCAGAACCCUUACUCAUGUCAACAGGCUAUUUGACAUCUACUGGUCUCCUUACAAGAGUAGUAAAACUACUUAAAUGAGUAAAAGUAAGCCAGAGUGUCUCACAGGUUCCUUUGCUGUGGGCAGUGUGAAGAGAGAGAAAGGAUUUUGAAUGAAUGGCACCACAUACAACAUUGCUUAAUUCAAUUAUUUAAACCCCCGUCUGCUUGCAUCAUGAUUGAUCCCUGAACGCAGUUGCAAGGGAAGCAGAUGAGAUGGCUCAUGUUGGUAAAAAUUAUUCUCAGGCGUAUUUAGUUAGAGAGCGUUGGAGACCUGAAAUCCCAGCACCUUCCCCUAAAUGGCAAUGGCAAAACUCCCAUUGGUGGCAAGCAGAGUAAGCUUAGGCUCACAGUUUUCCCAGCCCCAUUGGUGGCAAGCAGAGUAAGCUUAGGCUCACAGUUUUCCCAGCCAAAGCAGAAACAGCCUUUAAAAAGAAGUCUGAUGCUGAGUUCAAUACCAGCUUUUAUGCGGUGAAUGGGAACUGGCCCUGGAAAACAUGAAACUAGCUUGAGACAACUUCCAAGUGAGGAAAGAAAAUAGGAUAUUAGAUGUGGUGAGCAUUAUCAUGAUAGAUACACCAAGAAGAGAAGAAGGUUUUCAAAUCAAUAAGUAACUGUUCCUAAGCCCUGCUUUUUAGCUUUCAUUUGUGCAUAUACACUAGUCACAAAUUGUAAAGGUUUCUCCCUCCAAUCUCUAGAUACAGUCAUGGGGUUUUGAUUUGUGGUCAGAGUUAUUUAAAGUAGGAGGAAAUGAAAAACUAUAUGAUAAAAUAAAAUAUGAAAUUGGGAUGUUAAUCAAGACUGACUGAUUCCAGCAAAACACCCCACCCCCAAUAAUUUGAUUUAAUUAGAUCUGCAUGUACUUAAAAUAGCAUUAGAAAUUGUUACCAUAUUUCAAAAGUUGUUCAAGGGCAUGUAGUCUCAAAAACUACUUCUCCUUUCAGGUAUAACUAUACCAAAAAAAAGAGGCUUUUAACUACUAACACAUUCCUUUCCAUAUAACCUACUUCCUGUUUAUAUUGAAAAGGUAUUUUCAGUAUAUAUUUAAUCACAUAAAUGUAUUUGUUUAGUACCUCCGCAAUCUCCUUGUGUCACAGUUGCCCACAUUUGAUCGUCUUUCCCCUUCUCCACGUCAGAUGCCCACUGGAUACAAGGCCUCAGAAACUGGCAGAAGUGCACAUUAAGAUGUUUCUUUGGGAGGGCUCAAUGUAUUUGUAUUCUUGGGGUUUAGCAAAAGGAAGUGCUGACAGAUGCUUAUAAUUAUUCUGCACUCGUAUGUCAUAGUAGAAUACUGAUCUAGGGCCCAAAACUGUAGAACAGAAUGAAAUGGGAGUUUUGUCAUUGACUUCAAUAGAAAGAAUGUCUUACUGAAUCAUUGCAAAGUAGGACUCCAUUAUAUAUACCUGUUUUUUUUGCAUUUAGUUCAGAUUUAAGCCACCAAGUUCAUUUAACUGUGACGCCACAAGGCUACAUAGAGGCUAGCAGCAAUAUAUCUAAGGUAGAGAAGUUCAGGCAUAUGUAAAGUCUAUGUGCAAAAUUAAAAUUUUUAUGGACUAUAGUUACUUGUGUGGAAUAGUGCCUUACUCUGUAAGCAAUGCUGUUGAUUUCAGAGGGUCUCCUUUCCUAGAAAGUUACCAGUCAGCAUCAGUAAAGUGAGCAAAAUCUAUUUCUGGAGUAUAGGUAGAAGAGUUGUGAUGGAAAUAAUUAAGUUAUUUAAGUUAAACCUCAUGUCAAUAGUGUGCAUCAGUAUAAGAAUCAGAUGCUAAUCACUUUCUUUAUGCUGAAAAAAAGCUUUACUCCUCAUCUGCUCUCACUGCAUUACAUGUGGAGUAAAAAGGUUUUCAGUAUGAGUAAACAAAAUCAUAAUUUGACCUUUCAUGAACAACUAUAAGUAACAUUUUCAUGGGCAGAAACAAACAACACUUCUGGGUUAUGUAGUUAUUUAUUUUUUGAGAUACAGUGAAUCUGUGUUAAUUCUCAAUGGGUUUCUUUGUAUUUAAAUACUUUCAAAAACAAUACAUUGACGAUGGGUUGAAGAUAUAUAUAUAUGUAUGUAUAUAUACAUAUUAUAUAUAUAUCUACAGUAUAUAUACACACAACUAUAUAUAUAUGUAUAUACAUAUAUAUAUAAAUUAUGAAAGCCAAGAUAUUAUGAAGCCUAUUUUGUUUUUAUCAUUUUGUGUUUUGUUGUUGAUAUUAUUAUUAUUGUUAUUAUUAUUAUUAUUAUUUUGCAUACUACAUGCAGUGCUUUAACCAAUGUCUGUUCGGCUAAUGUAAUUAAAGUUGUUAAUUUAUAUGAGUACAUUUCAACUAUGUCAAUGGUUUCUUAAUAUUUAUUGUGUAGAAGGACUGGUAUUUUUUUUAUUUACAUUAUGUUUAAAGAGGUAACAGUUUGAUAUGUUCUCAUUUGUUUAUAUUAGAAGUUAUUUAUUUUCACAGCAUUCCGUCUGGUAUUUUGAUAUUUGGAAGGCAUGCUACCUAUACUUUGUACAGUUAGUGGGCAGUAUUCAUCAGCUCCCGGUAGAUUUUUAGGCCCUAUGUUAAAUAAAGACCUGUUUGAGAUUUUUAUUUUACAUCUUUCCUAUUGGUUUGCCAGGACCACUCAGUGCACUUAUUGCCAGACACUCUGCCUGUGUGACCAAUUUAUUCCUACUGUAUUUACCCAGGACAGAGGACCAAAACCACCUCUGGUGUAAGUCCAGUGACUUCAGUGAAGUUAUACCAGAGAUGUAUUUGGCUCACAGAGAAAAAUGCUUGUGCAAAUCAAUGCAAAGAAAAGAAAGAAAGAAAGAAAAAAAGAAAGAAAGAAAGAAAGAAAGAAAGAAAGAAAGAAAGAAAGAAAGAAAGAAAGAAAGAAAGAAAAAGAAAUCAAUGCAAAGAAAGAAAGAAAGAAAAAGAAAGGAAGGAAGGAAGAAUCUUUGCAUUUGGAGGGAGAUUUCAACAUGUUAAAAAUGUUUGAGUCACCUACUAUUUUAUUUUACUUUGUUCUUUUUGUUAUUUUGCUCUUUCUUAUACAACAACAGCAACAACACAAGUGAAAUAAAUAAAGGGAGUUUCACCAA